AUCUCUCCUUACAGAUCUAAAAAGCUACUCUUCACCCAACUGGCUUUUCCUUCUCCCAUCUUUCUCUUCCUCGUUUGCUUCGAAUCUUCUUGCGACUUUAUCACAACGCGCGAGUCGGCUGUUAGGAUCAAGGACGGUGUCGAAUUGGAAGCAGUUUGAAGGACGGCCAUACAUAGUCGAACAAGAAUGACGAAAUUUUUCGAAACUAGCUUUCAGAGGGUGAUGAAGAAACGGCUCAAAGGAUGGACGUUGAAAGUGCUGAUCGGGAGUAUCAUUGUGGUGUUCAGCUUGAGUGGAGUGGGAAGGGCCUCGGGAAGGAUAGCCGGCAGACAGAGGAUCGGCCGGGGAAGGAUGGACAACUUUGAAGAGAAGAUCGUCUGCCGGACCUCAUCGCCGAUCCGAGCGAAUCGGAACGAGAUUCUGAAAUUUAUCGACUCGUUCUGUGCGGAGGCGAUGGGCCAAGAGUUCGGCGGCUCGGAGGGCGAGGGGACGAACGUGGAGCUGAAGGAGCUCUACACCGUCGAGCCCUCCCAACGCGCCGCCGGCAUGGCCAACCAUGUCCUCCUCCAUGUCAAGUCUAUCAACGGCUGCAAGUUCUCCGUCGGCUACAGCUGCGGCAGGUUUCUCUCAAGACCAACCGACGAAUGCAACAUCGGCGAUGAAGCCAAACAAGGCGGCUAUGUCGCCAAUGGCUGCUCACUGUGGAAGACCAUCCCACUGGUCUGACCCUGUCAUCCAAUCCUCAUCGACCACUCCAUCUUGACUGCCAUCGACAUCAAAAACAACACUCGUCCCCCUUUUCCGAAUCUUUUUUCAAUCAUGACCGACAGAAAAUCGUUAACUCUCAGCUGCUAUACAGCCCUCAGCAGA